CCCAGGCUGCAAGAAUGGCUUGUGCUGUAGAUCCCAGCAGCAACAAGAACAGCUUGCUGAUGCUUCCUGAGAGAGUGAAGAAGAUCACCAGGAUUCCUGCUUCGUGGUGGGCGUACGCAUGGAGUAUUGGAAGAGAAGAUCAAAGGAGAGCCAUUCAUGCUCUCAAGGUUGGGACAGCUCUCACACUAGUCUCGCUCUUGUAUAUACUAGAACCGUUGUUCAAAGGAGUGGGAAAGAAUGCAAUGUGGGCUGUCAUGACGGUUGUUGUUGUGCUCGAAUUUACCGCAGGUGCAACCAUAUGCAAAGGUCUGAAUAGAGGGUUCGGAACAGUCAUAGCGGCAUCUCUAGCAUUUAUCAUUGAACUUGUAGCAGUAAGAUCUGGAAAAGUUUUCCGCGGUUUCUUUGUGGCAUCUUCAGUAUUUCUGAUAGGUAUGUACCUUGUAAAAUUGGAAUUUAGGAUGGCCAAAUUAAUAGUAUCUUAUGCCGUAGCAUUUUCAAUGACAGGAUUCGCGGCAACAUAUUUGAGAUUCUUCCCAUCCAUUAAGAAGAAUUAUGAUUAUGGUGUGGUGAUUUUUUUGCUAACCUUCAAUCUGAUAACGGUCUCAAGCUUCCGCCAGGAGAACAUACUGCCUUUAGCACGAGAUCGCUUGAGUACAAUUGCCAUAGGGUGUGCCAUAUGCCUCUUUAUGAGCCUCUUUGUGUUGCCAAACUGGUCGGGAGAGGACCUCCACAGCCGCACUGCGCACAAAUUUGAAGGAUUGGCAAGAUCAGUUGAAGGUUGUGUGAAUGAGUAUUUCCGAGAUCAAGAGAAGCAUGAUAACAUUCUUGAUAAGCAGACAUCGAGAGCUUCCAUUCAUACUGGGUAUAGAGAAGUACUAGACUCAAAAUCAAGUGACGAGUCCCUGGCACACUAUGCAAGCUGGGAGCCAAGACACUCAAUGCAGUGUUACAGUUACCCAUGGCAAAAGUAUGUGAAGCUCGGAUCUGUGCUUAGACACUUCGCAUAUACUGUCGCUGCACUUCAUGGAUGCCUUGAAUCAGAAAUUCAGACUCCGACAUCCGUCAGAUCACUAUUUCGAACCCCAUGCACUAGAGUUGCACGAGAGGUGACCAAGGUUCUACAGGAGCUUGCAGACAGCAUAAGAAAUCACCAUCGUUGUGCCCCUGAUGUGUUGUGCGAUCAUCUUCAUGAAGCACUACAGGAUCUAAACUCAGCAAUAAGGUCACAACCACGGCUAUUUCUCGGCUCAAAACAUGGAUCUGCCAAUAGUCGUAUGCUAAUGGAACUGAAUUCAAGCAAGCAUGCCACCUCAAGAACUGCUCUGCCCUCAUUCAAGACUGAUACAGCAUCGAUAUUAGAAAGGAAGAACACAAAAGCAGAUCAACCAUCAGAACGCAGUGAGAGGAGCACAUUAGGGCGGACGCUAAGUAAGAUAGCUAUCACGAGCCUUGAGUUCUCUGAAGCACUACCAUUCGCUGCUUUUGCUUCGUUACUGGUAGAAAUGGUAGUACGACUGGAGUUGGUUAUUGAGGAAGUAAAGGAACUGGAAAGGGCUGCAAAUUUUAAAGAGUUCACUCGCCAUGACCAUCUGACCAUUGAUAUCACUUGCAAGGAGGAGAAGAGAAACAAUGAUGGUGUGCGAUUAGGGAGCCACACAGUUUCUCCUGCAGCUGAAUAAACACUCAUGGGUAGAUCAAAGCAGCAGUGUAUAGAUCAUUCUGAAAAUAAUAUGUAUUUAUUCUUUGGUUAGAAAAAGAUGAGUGGUGUGAUUUCAAUAA